AUGUCGGCAAAACUCUCACGAAAGUGUUUUGUUCCCGGCUGUAUAUCUGGUCACCAAAAUGCCACAAAAGCAUCACUUUUUAAAGUUCCCAAAGACGAAAAACUUCGUCGAGAAAGGGCGAAAAGAAUCUCCAGAGGAGAUACAGAACUAUCGAUCCACCACAGUGUGUGUGAACUGCAUUUUGAAGAACAUUUUAUUGAGAAAUUUUACCAUCAUAUUGUUAACGGUGAGGAAAUAAAAAUUCCAAGAGGUAAACCACUGCUUAAACCUGAAGCAAUACCUAGCAUAUUUCCGAAUGCUCCAAAGUAUUUCAAUAAACCUCUACCACAGAAAAGGAAACAAUUACUUGCUAUAAAUGCUUAUAAUAAUGCCUCCAAACGUAAAAGUACUCAAGGUAUGAUUUAUGAUCCAAAAUGGUUAAUUGAAUGUAUAAUAAUGAGAAUGAAAGGACCCAAACUUUAUGAACAUAUCCGUGAAAAUAAAAUUCUGAUUGUGCCUGGAAAGAACUGCCUACAAAGAUAUGUUAAAAAUUACCGCAGUGGAUUUGGUUUCUGUGAUUCUGUUUUUCAGGCAAUCAAAGUGAAAACUCAAAGUAUGGAACCAUAUUUUCUCCAUGGUGGUAUAUUGAUAGAUGAAAUGAAGUUGUCUGAAAAUUUGCACGUGAGUUCAGAUGGUCAAAUUGAAGGAUUUGUGGACUUGGGAAAUUUUCAAAAUGAAAAAAAGCAAAGCAAUCAUGGAUUAGUAUUCCUAUUUCAACCAUUUGUGGGUGACUGGAAGCAGAUUGUUGCAGUUUUUGCCACAUGCAACAAUAUUAAAGGAACCUUGCUUGCUGACUUGAUAAUAGAAGCAACAAUUUUGUUAGAAAAUGCAGAUCUGUGUGUAGAUUUUAUAACUUGUGAUGGUGCUACGUGGAAUAAAGUAAUGUGGAAGAAAUGUGGUAUGGGUACUCUAAUCAGAUAA